AUGCGGCAAGUCUGGUUAUGUCAUCAAGGUACAUUAAUUUACGUUGGUCAAGAUGAAAAUAAGCAAUGUUUGUGUCCACCAAAUUAUUAUGGCAAUCGUUGUCAAUAUCAAAAUCAGCGUGUUAGUCUUACUCUUCGUCUACAGAAUGAAAAUUUAGGAAAAUUUAAUGUCAUUGGUGUUAUUGUUGGUUUGGUUGAUAAUACUGGUCUUAUCCAUUCACAUGAGCAAUUCACUUAUAUUCCUGGUCGUGAUUGCAAUACUAAAUUUGAUAUUUAUCUACUCUAUCGGAAUCGACCAAAAGAUAUGACAAAGAACUACACAAUUCAUAUUGAAGCUUAUGAUAAAAUCAAUCUUCGUUUUCUUACAACUUGGAAAUUGCCAGUAAAAUUUAAUUUUAUGCCUGUAAAUCGUGAGAGUGCUCUACUGGUAAUUCCAUCGUUACAUAAAUGUCAUACAUUAUGUAACUCUAAGUAUCUUAAACAACAGAAUGGUAGUCAUACGAAAUUCUGUCAGUGUCAAUCGAAUCACUCUAGAAUGAUCUCUAAUAGUCAAGAUCAAUGUGACUGUUCACCAGAUUCUAUUUGCGUUGGUAUUGUUAAUAAGAGAUCGAUUUGUCUUUGUCCUUUAACCAAAAUAUGA